AUGGAUGGAGACGCACUGGAUCGCGAGUUGGCAUCGCUGGCCGACACCAUCAACGUGAGCAACCCAAUAACUUUCGGCCAGAAGCCCACAUGGCGGACAACCCAGAAAGACACGGAGCUGGCAGCCAAGCGCGAGAGCGACUAUGCGAAGACGCUGCCAAGGAAGUUUGUGCUGACGGAGCCCCAGCAAGCCAAAAAGGAUUUUUCGAUCGUUGCUGCCGCCGCCAGAAACCCGGUGCAACCUCUGCGUCCGAACUUGCUGUUGAACGAAGACGGCAGCAGAGGAAACAACAGUUCAAGUGCAUCAGCUGAGCUUGUAUCCAGGGCUGCAACAGCGACGCCACCAUCUCGCGUGCCGAUCGCUAAGCGCAGUCACAUGGACGGAGUUUUGCGAGGUGUCCCCGGAGGAUCCGACCCUCUCGCCACGACUCAGCAACGUGCGUUCGUGUACGACGGCGAAAUGGAUCACAUGAACAGCAACAAAAACACAAGCUACCACCGGAAGCGCGAUGCGUACUCGGAAUACGUGGAAGCUCGUGCACGAUUCAGCAAAAUGCACAGCGUGAACUAG